AAACUUACUUUCUUCGGACGUCAGUACGCAUGCGUGAAUUGCGUCAAUUGGUUGUGAACGGUCUCUCUAAACAUAACCUCAAUUUUUACAAAUUGAAUUUAAAAUUAUAUGUAUUAUAAUUUAUAAUAAUGGCUCAGUUUAGUUACUUGGAAAAAAUUGGUAUAAUUUUCUUGCUCGCUUUGCUUUUUUAUAUUGUAAAAUGUGUGGUUAACUUGUUUUAUACUUACGUUAUUGGACCGGCAAUCAACAAAGUGGAUUUCAAAUCAAAAGGAAAGUGGGCUUUAAUCACUGGAAGUACUGAUGGAAUCGGGAAAGCAUACGCCAAAGAAUUAGCUGCUCGUGGCUGCGAUAUUAUUCUCGUCAGCCGAUCGAUUGACAAGUUGAAAGCAACUGCCGCUGAAAUAGAGAGUGAAUAUAAAGUGAACACAAAAACAGUGCAAGCUGACUUCUGCGACGGCGAAAGUAUAUACGACAAGAUAUCAAAGGAGAUAACUGAUCUCGAGAUCGGUACGCUGGUGAACAAUGUCGGGAUAUCGUAUACUUAUCCCGAAUAUUUCCUGGACUUGCCGGAUUGGGAGCAAUCUGUUAGCAACAUGAUCAAGGCAAAUGUUGUAAGCGUUACUCGGAUGACCGCUCUCGUUCUACCAGGGAUGGUAAAACGCGGGAAGGGUGUGGUUAUCAACAUUGGGUCAGGAUCGUCAAUCAUACCGAGCCCUCUUCUAACCGUGUACGCUGCUGCAAAGGCAUAUGUCAAUAAGUUCUCAGAAGGUCUGGAUAUGGAAUACGGUAAGAAGGGCAUUAUAGUCCAAUGCGUUCUACCUGGCUUCGUAUGUUCAAACAUGUCGGGGAUACGAAGGAGCACGUUAAUUGCUCCCACCGCGGAAACCUUCGUUAAAUCAGCCAUCAGUCUAGUCGGAACUACCUCAAAGACUCCAGGCUACUUGCCACAUACCAUAUUCUUCUACGUCAUCAACUCAAUCCAUGGCAUUGCUAAUCGAUUCAGCGUCUGGCUGGUCACCAGGAGUAUGGAGAACACGCGCAGGAAGGCGUUGAGAAAGUACAAAAAACAAUAAUUCUUUUUAGUUUAUUGGGUGUAAACAAAUUGGAAUUACUAAUACUAUAUUAAUAUUAAAUUAUUUGCACUAGAAGUGUAUUGCAUGUCAUUAUUGCCAAAGACAUAUAUUGUUUUUACAUACGUAAUUCCAUUCAAGUGUUAUUCUCAUUAUACUGUGUGAAAAAUCUUUUGAAGAAUACGUAAUUAAAAUUGUGAUUUUAAUUUUCGUUGUUUUAAAAUUUGACGUUAACAGAUUAAAAAAAAUUGUUAACGUUAUAAGACUCCGGAAUGGAAUGGCGUUAUGUAAAGCUUGUUUAAAAAAGUGUUAUGAUUUUUACGAAAUAAUAAAUAUCCAAUUGGCUUAUGGAUAGUAGAACACUUGGUAACGUAAUUAGUUACCUAAUACCGCUAGAUACUAUCCAUGAAAAGUCGAUGUAAAUACUCUUUACCUGAGGCUGUUAAUAUUUGGCAUUUUGGUGUUAUGUAGUCAUUUUAUUUUAUUCAAGGAUGCGAGGAAAUAGUUCAAAAACUUAAUUUACAGUAGAAAGUGGGACUGUGUUAGAAUAAUAGAUUCAUUUUUGUAGAUAUUAAAAUGGUUUCAAAUAUAAA